AUGCCAAACUACCGCUGCUGUGUUGCUGGUUGUAAUAACGACUCCAGGUAUCCAGAUAGGUUAUUUAAAAGAACUCAAGUAACAGAGCUAAAAUUUCACUACUUUCCUAAAGAUUCUUUAAAAAGGCAGCAUUGGGUAAAUCAAGUUAAAAAAGGUUUAAUAAAUUUUACAGUUUCUGAUAAUAAAGUGGUUUGCUCUAAUCAUUUUGAGUUUGGAAAGCCUACUUUUGCUUUUCCUAAUCCAACUUUAUACAUGAAUAUUCGUAAUGCAGAAAAAGAAUCUUCUACAAAACGAAGAAAACUUGAACGAUUUGAUGUCAUAUUAGAAUCAGAAGCAAACAGUUCAUCAACAAGUUUAACUUUAGAAAAUAAACACUGUGAUAAAUCUAUUCAGUGCAAUGAACCAAUACGACGAUCAAUAAUUUUUGCCGAUUUAACCAGAGAUUCUGAUGUUCAGUUUUUUACAGGCCUUGCAAAUUCAAAUGCCUUUGAAAUGUUGUUUUCUUACUUACAAAGGAAAGGAAAUGUAAUGCACUAUUGGAAAGGUAGUAAAAAUACAAAUAAAAACUUAUCUUCGCCAAGGGAUUUAAAAACAAUAACAUUAAAAUCUCUAACAUUGCAACAGGAGUUUCUUCUUGUGAUGAUGCGUUUACGUUUAGGUCUUUUAACUGAAGAUCUUGCUCAUCGUUUCAUGAUAUCUAUUUCUGUAGUGAGUUCAGUAUUUAUAACUUGGAUAAAACUUCUUUCUCUUGAAUUAAAAUGGCUAAUACAUUUUCCUGACAGAAAUAAUAUAAAGAGAAAUUUACCAACAAUGUUCAGGAAAUACUACCCAAAAUGCUCAAUAAUAAUUGAUUGUAGUGAGCUUUUUAUCGAAACACCAUCAAGUUUGGAUACUGCUGCAAGUUGUUGGUCAAAUUAUAAACAUCAUUAUACUGUUAAAUAUUUGGUUGGAAUAACACCAAAUGGUGCAAUUUCUUUUUUAUCAAAUUGUUAUGGCGGAAGAGCUAGCGAUGUUUUUAUUGUUAAAGAUUGUGGAAUUUUAAAAUUCUUACAACCUGGAGAUCAAGUUAUAGCAGAUAGAGGUUUUAAAAUAAAAGAACUACUAGCUUUUUACCAGUGCAAUUUAGCUAUUCCUCCAUCAAAACGCACAAAUUUGCAAAUGACAUCUAAUGAUGUGCGAGAAACCUCAAAAAUUGCAAAUGUUCGAAUUUAUGUGGAACAAGCCAUAGGGCGUAUGAAAAACUUUCGCAUAUUAAAAAAUGAAUUGCCAGUCACACUGUUACCAUUAUGUGACAAUAUUAUUACUGUAUGCGCUGUAUUAACAAACUUCAUGCCCCCCCUUUGCAUUGAUGAAAACAAAGCAUAA